UCUAACCUGCCUCUCUCCCCCUCUCUUUGCUUUCUCUCGUGUUAAAAAGCCCUAGCUCAACUUAAGCUCACUCUCAAAUUCCAAAUCUCAAAUCCCAAAUUUAAUUGAAUAGUUUAAUUGUUUCGAAUUCAACUCGAUUCAUCUUAAUCCUUCUUUAAUGGCGGAUAAAGAUCAAAAUCAGAAGUCUGUAAAAAAAUUGAUAGUGAAAUUAAGAUCACCGUCUUCAUCAUCAUCAGCUGUUACUACUACUAUUACUCCACCACCACCACCGCAACAACCACCGCAGAAACAACCGCAACUUGUUAAUUAUGUGGUUGAAGAUGAUGAUGAUGAUGAUGAUUUGGAAGAAGGGGAGUUCCGAGUUCCGACUCAGCUCGAACCACCCGAAGCUAAACCCGAAGCUGAGCCCGAAGCUAAGCCCGAAGCUGAAGAAGUUGUUGUUGUUAACGCGAAGAAGUACGAUUGUAAAUACUGCAAUAAAAAGUUUCAGAACGGAAAAGCCCUAGGAGGUCACUUGAGGAUUCACGCUGCCGAGAGGGACGACAGGCCGUUGAAGGCGGCGGGUGGUGGUGGUUAUUCCGCCGCCGCUAAGAAGGCUGCCGCUGGUGGAUUCGGGUCAAGUUCGGGGGCCCGGGAUCAAGAUCAAGAUGGGAUUUUCCAGUGUAAUUAUCCGGGUUGUAACAAGGGUUUGAAAUCACAAAAAGCCCUCUUUGGUCAUAUGAGGUCCCACCCUGACCGCGAUUAUCGGGGGAUGGAACCGCCUUCUAAUCGGGUUCGGGUCAGCCCGAUCCCGCCCAGCAACAACGAUUGUGAGAUCGACAAUGGAAGCGGGUCGGGUGGUGAUGAUGGGUCGGGUGAGGAGGAGGUGAAUCGGAUUCAGCUUUUGAGAUGGAAGGGAUUCGGGAAGCGAGGAAUGGUUAAGGAUCCUUCAUCAACGGAUACGGGUACGGGUACCGGGUCAUCGUCGUCUUCGGAUAAUUCCAGUCACAACGACGAUGAAGUUGCUGCUACUGAUAAUCUGAUGUAUUUAUCGAAUGGUCCGUCUAUCGAACCCGAUCAACCCCAACCCGAACCCGAACCCGAAGACGGAGACGGAAUUCGGGCGGUUAUAAGGGCAAGAGUAGAGAAGAAGAAAGGGGAAUACGACGAAGAUGAGUUGUACUUUUUACAGUACGAGUUGAACAUUACAGUCCCUGAUUACCCUCCUAUGAAGUUCAAUCAUCCAACAACCUUUCAUUGUUCGCCUCGAAAGGAGAAUGUAGCUUCGUGUUCGACGAAUAAGAAGAAGAGGAAGGCGGUUAAAUGUCAUGAACAACCGAACCAAGCUAAACAUCACAAGAAAGAGAAAGAAGAAGCUGGUGGUAGUGGCGGCAGUGGUGGUGGUGGUGAGAAUAAUAAUCAAGAUGAGGAAGCGGAGACGGUGGUGCGGGAAGUGGUGGUGGGGCCGGACGGGGAGGUUUUGAAGUGGAUUUGUAUCACUUGUGGUAAAGGUUUCUCAACUCAUCAAGCUUUAGGUGGUCAUAGGUCUAGCCACAACAAAGAAAAAGCUAACCUAAAAAAAAGUCAACCUAAGUCAACUCAUGUUAACUUUAACCCUAGCUCAAGCUCAACUACACUUAACCAUGCCCUAACCCUAACCCCAACCCCAACCCCAACCCUAACCUUAACUCAAGUACCAAGAAGUCAAGUACUUGAGCAUGGAUCCGGGUUAACCCAAGUGGGUCCGGGUGAGAUCAGAGGUGACGUGGCAUACUCAGUUCACAAGUGCAACAUUUGUAACGAGAGUUUUCAGUCAGGGCAAGCUUUAGGAGGGCAUAUGAGGUGUCAUUAUGUGCAGUCGUCGUCGCCGCCGUUGUCAUCUUCGCCGCCGUUGUCGCCGCCGCCAGUGUCAUCUUCGCCGCCGGUUCAGACCACCUCAAAAUCACGUCCUAUCAUUGACCUUAAUGAAGAACCUGAUGUGGAGGAAGAUGUUGAUGGUGUUGUGGAGUCCAAUUAAAUCGAUUUAAUUUAAUUAAUCGAUAAUUUUAGGGCUUUUUUUCGUGAUUAGUAAGUAGUUUGUAAUUUUAGUUUCAGUUACAAUUUCUAUCUUUUUUUUUGUUUUGUUUUUUGUUUUUGUUUUACAACAAUGUGAAUUA